AUGAGUUGUCUCGCGUCUGGUUUUGUUGUUGCGAGUGGUGGAGUUGGUAACAACAACAACAUGCAAGAAAAAGUAACGAAGAAUCUUCGCACUCGGCUCGAUGCUGUGCACACAAACGAUAUCGAUUGCAACACGUGCGUAAGAGUGAAUGAAUUUCUUCACGCCGAGUUAGUCGAGAUGGAGGAAGAAACCAACGUCGAUGCCAUAGAAAACGAGGAGGAGUUGGCGAAACACCACGCGAAAGAAAUGAAAACGAGAAAACGAAAACUGUUACACGGAAGAAGCGAACCGAAAAUACGGGACACGGUAUUACACGCGUGCGUAAAGUGCGCGGAUUACGACCGCAAGAAGACGUAUUAUUUGCAAGAUCACGACUGCGAUGCGUGUCACGUGAUACUUUUCGGUGGCAAAGAGAGAGGGCGAGUAUUACUAGAAGGCAAAGACGGCGAAGUAGAAGAGGACGAGAGGCGACUGGGCCACGCGUUCCACGCGCUCGUCGAUCACACGUUUGAAUUAGGUACCCCGGAGCUGCAAGAGAUGGUAGACUUUCUGUGUGUGCCUCAUUUCUGUCGAGUGAAGGAAGUGGAGCAACGCUUCUCUGGCGGAUUUGAGGGAGCACGACACGAGGAACUUUAA